UGUAACUGGCCUGACAGACAGCUGGAGGAGUGACAAUAUUCAACUCCGUGACACAUCUGAUGUGCAGCAGGUGAUUGUAAUGAGGCCUGAAGAUGACUUGAUGAUAUCAGAGAAUGUCUUUGUGUUGGAUUACAUUGCUCCUGGUCUGAAUGGGAAUCUUUAACACUCAACCCCUGAUGGAAUACCAACGAGAUUAAGGUUUUUAGGCUAAACACGGCAGAAUGUGCUCCCAAAUCCUUUGAGCAAUUUCUUUAAUCGGCUCUUCUGUGUCGAGCAGCAUUCUUUCAUCAUCUUUGGAAAGAGCCAUAUACGUACUGUGAUAACUUUGCAUCCUGAGGGGAGGGCUCUUCCACCAUGAAAGACCGGCUAGAGGAGCUACAGCAGAAGGUUCAAGAAUCUUCUGAAGUCCCAAUCGAGAAUAGCAAUCCUUUCUCAGCGGAGGGCGAUGACGAUGACUCCGUGGUGGUCGGGGUUAUCAGGCAGCAGGCUGUGGUGUUCGAGGAGGAGCCAGUCAUUGAGAACUUCCUGGCUGAUGCCCAGAAAAUCCGCGAUGACAUCACCUUGCUGGACGUGGAGGUGUUAAAGUUCACUCAGCAGCAAAAGUCCCUUGUGGCAACCAUGCGUCGUUUCAGCGUGAUGAAGAAAGAGAGCAGCAUAACGCGGGACAUCAAGCUCCAGGCCGAAAGCAUCCAUCGACGUUUAGAUGCACUUGCAAAACAGGUCCAAAGAACCGAGGAGCUGCAGGGACCCACUGGAGUUACGUCAAGGAUACAACGGUCCCAGCAUGCAGCGCUGUACCGCAAAUUCCAGCAGGUAAUGCGGCAGUAUAAUGAAGGUCUGCUGACCAAGCAGGAGCGCUGUAAGCACUUCAUUAUCCGGCAACUCGAGGUUUCGGGCAGGGAUGUGACAGAGGAAGAGGUGAAUGAGAUGGUUGCCCAAGGAAAAUGGGAGGUCUUCAAUGAGAACCUGCUGAAUGAUGCCAGAAUAACGCGGUCGCAAUUAUCCGAGAUCGAACAGAGACAUAAGGAGUUGCUGAGCCUGGAGAGCAACAUGAAGGAGCUGAGGGACCUCUUCCUGGACAUUUUCAUGCUGGUGGAGGAACAAGGGGCGUACAUCGAACACAUCCAGACCAACGUGGAGAGGACACAGGAUUAUGUAGCCGCAUCUAAUGAGAAGUUCAAGACGGCCGCCCAAUAUAAGAGGAAGAACCCACUCCGCCAGCUGUGCUGCUGCUGCUGUCCUCCCUGGAGAUGCUGCUUAUGAAACAUAUUUAUUCCGGUUUUAUUUCAAAACUCUAACUUACACAUUGGAAGAGAGCAACACUGGACUCAAGUACCCUCGAGUAGCAUUAAAGCGAAGAUAAUGGUACUGCAGUUUUUGCUGCUGAACAGAGCGCUGGUGGAGACAGACUCAGCAGAGCAUAGAAAACAAUUAGGGGGAAGGGCCAGAAUUGAGCACUUGUUUUAUUUAUUUUAUUCUUUUUUUUUUUUUUCGAGAGGAUGUGAAGCGGCCGCUAUUGGAAGAGACAGUUCAGCGAGUGCUGCUCACCAUCGCUGUCGCUUAUUAGAGACCUUCACAGUCAUCUGACAGGGGUCACAAACAAGGGGAGGCCGCUGACACUGCCAGUCAGCAAGACUGGUAUUUCACCAUUUUUCAAAAAAAGAGCCUCUCAUAUUUUUUCUUUUUUUUUUCUGCCAUGUGCGCUCCACUUAAUGAAGGCAUAUUUGUAAUAAUACAGCAUACGCACUUUAAAACGUCUUUUAUUUCGGGCACAAAGUAAAAUUAAACAGAGUCAAGGACGUAUUGAGCCAUUACAUACAGUACCAGUCAAAGGUUUGGACACACCUUCUCAUUCAAUUCAAUGAGAAAGUAUGUCCAAAGUCUUGACUGGCAGUGUAUAUGUACUGAUGGUAAAAAAAAAACAAAGAUUAAAAAAAAAAAAAAAAAAAAUUGUUUUAUAAUUAGUCAUUAGUCUCAUUUGCAUUUCAAAGUCAGAUUAUUUUCGAUGGGAUUAUUUUUUUAUUAAUUUAUGCAGUUUCACAGAGGCAGGGAUUCAAGUAAAACUUUGAGUCAUGAGCCUUGAUCAAAACGUUUCCGUCACGAUGACUGCAGGAAAUCACCGAGGUCAUCUGUGUAAAACUAAGAUUUAAUUUCAGGAAAUAUUAAAAUUCUGCACACGUCCUGCAUCUUGGUGUGCAAUAUCAGUCCGUAAUUGUGUUGGGUUCAUUGCUCUGACGCAAAACUGCGACGUCCACGUGUCAUUAAUCCUAGCGCGCCGGCUCAGGUGAUGUACCAGCAGUGUGGACGAAAAUGCUGUUAAUGUGGUGUUUAGUUGCCAAGCAGAACCAGCACACUCCCAGCUGCUGACAGGUAAUCAUCUUCUCUUUCCCCUUUUCCCCAAGUUGAGCUGACAAUUUUAACUCGUUAUCCCUGCCAGGAUAAUAGGAGUGGUGGGUAAUUCAUUCACCGUUGAUCUCAGUCACUGGCAGAAGGGCUCAAACUUAGCCUCUAAUCAGCUGACAGUGACGUUCCUCAGUGAGUCAGUGACCCGUGGUGUCUGGUGUCCGAGACAAAAUACAGGUGAGGUGGGUAUGUUGGAGCCAGGCUGGAAAAACCAGUUUGUGUGCUAAUCCAGGAUAAUUGCCAGACAGCUAUACUGUGUUCCUGUGGGGAACAGUGUGUAAAUAAAACUGUUAUAUUGGAGACACUAAGAGCACCUACCUUGGUUAAAUAGUCUUCUGUUUAAAUAGACUGCUCCUAGGUUUACAUCCAAAAAAAAAAAAAAAAAAAUGCAUAUACUUUAUAAAAUAAUUAAAAUACCUCGCAGGCAUCUCAAAAAGUGCAAAAAUGGCCUUUUUUUUAGGUUGAUCUGCUCAUCUCCCCAACUUUUACAACUCAAACAACAUCUAAAGGAGCCCUACCUGUCAGUGCCGUGUUUUAUUAACCUUAACUAUUAUUACGCUGCUCCCUCGAGAUUAGCACAGGGACAGGACAGGGUUCGAUGUGUGUGAGGUGAGGUGUUUGAUGACUUCUGCUAUCCGUCCGGAAAAGCCUUUUCAGGAAUCUGAUCUUUUGUGUUGUACAUCAGUCCCUCCGAGAUUAAAGUUUUUUGUUUUUUUUUUUUUUUUUAAAGAUGUAAAUACAUCAAAUAUUUCAAUUUUAAUAUGUAAAUCCGGUAACAAUAGGCUGUUCUGCAUGGUUGACACCACGGCUCUGACAUAGGAGGGAGAGAAGGAAAAAAAAAAAAAACCUGAAGCGCUGCUGCAAAUUGCAGAAACGGCAACAAUGCCAUCCAGUGUUCACUGAGAUAAUUACCAGUUAAAAGUUGGUGUUAUCACGGUUAAUGUUUGAGGACGUGCAAUUACAUAAGACGGGGUGAGUUGUCGUAACUGCUGUAUUUUCUCUUCCAAAGGUCCUAAGAAUAUAGAUACAGACAUUGUUGAGGCACUGUCACACUUGUUGAGCCAUUAUGAGCAGCGUGAAGAGGCCAUUACUCAAGGAUUCAGUCUUCAGUCAGUGUCAGCAGCUGCUAGCGCGUACUGUACCGGCUACAAAUAGGGAUAAUGUUUUUAUUGUUUUAAUUCUGUGACAGAAUUAACAAAAAGGAAACAAUAAUGAACAACAAAAGUACAUAACCCAUUUCAAUAAAUUUAGUUUCUUUUACAAACAU